CCCCGGCGUGCACCGCGCGCCUGAGGGGCGGGGCCUGGGAGCGCCGCUUCUGUGACGUCACGUCUCUGCGCCGCGGGUUCGGCUCCCUCGGAGAGCGCGCGCUGUGGAGGGCCUGGGCAGCGACUCAGACCAUGUGGACCGCGGACGAGGUUGCACGGCUGUGUUACGAGCACUACGAGACCCGGCUGCCCAAGCAAGGGAAGCCGGAGCCCGACCGCGAGUGGACGUUACUAGCGGCGGUGGUGAAGGUGCAGCCCACUGUGGACCUGGCCUGCGAUGGCCCGGACAGACCUGUGCAAGUGACAAAGGAAGUGGUCUCCAUGGGGACAGGAACGAAAUGCAUCGGCCAGUCCAAAAUGAGGAAGAGCGGAGAUGUCCUCAACGACAGCCACGCUGAGGUCAUCACCAAGAGGAGUUUCCAGAGGUACCUCCUCCAUCAGCUCCAGCUGGCGGCGGCCGGGAAGGGGAAGAGCAUCUUCGUCCCGGGGACGCGGAAGGGGCAGUGGAGACUCAGGCCCGGCCUCUCAUUUGUGUUUUUCUCCAGCCACACGCCCUGUGGCGACGCCUCCAUCAUCCCCAUGCUGGCGCCGGAAGAUCAGCCGUGCCGUCCGGUCGGCGGAGACGGCGCCUGGACCCCCUCUGCGGAGACGGGUGCCCACGAAGGCCCCGAAGAGCCUGCGAACAAGAGGAUGAGGCGUGAGCCCGAGCCCCCUGCCUCGGAAGCGGCCCACCCACGGGACAGCGGGCAGGCCCCGGCCAGCCCCGGCCGGCCCGCAGUGGUGGACGUGUAUCGGACGGGGGCCAAGUGCGUGCCCGGAGGGGCGGGGGACUCGCACCUGCCCGGGGCCGCCUACCAUCGGGUGGGGCCGCUCCGGGUGAAGCCGGGCCGGGGGGACAGGACCCGCUCCAUGUCCUGCAGCGACAAGCUGGCACGGUGGAAUGUCCUCGGGUGCCAGGGGGCACUGCUGAUGCACUUCCUGGAGGAGCCUGUCUACCUGUCGGCCGUGGUCAUCGGGAAGUGCCCGUACAGCCAGGAGGCCAUGCAGAGAGCGCUGACCGGCAGGUGUAGGAACGUCUCAGCCUUACCCAGCGGCUUCGGAGUCCGAGAAGUGAAAAUCGUGCAGUCCAGUGAGCUGUUUGCCCAGAGCCGCUGCGCGGUGCAGGCCAGACGGGCUGACGGCGCGGGUCGGCUGGUUCCCUGUGGGGCUGCUGUCAGCUGGAGCGCAGUUCCCGAGCAGCCCCUGGAUGUCACCGCGAACGGCUUUCCCCAGGGGACAACAAAGAAAGGGAUGAGAAGCCUUCAGGCCAGAUCCCGGAUCUGCAAAGCCGAGCUCUUUCAGUCGUUCCAGAAGCUGCUCGCCAGCAUCCCCGAGGACCAGUGGCCGGACUCGCUCAGGGCGCAGACGCUGCAGACGUACCAGCAGUACAAGGACGCCGCCUCCACGUACCAGGACGCCUGGAGCGCGCUCCGGAAGCAGGCCUUCGCCUCCUGGCUCAGGAACCCGGCCGAGUACCAGCAGUUCCGGUGAGAAGGGAAGCGUGCAGGGCCCUGAGUCUGGGAGCCGCUUCCUCCCCCCGGGAAGAGCCCCCGCCACGUUCCCGCUGAUUUGGGAGCCGGGGGCCGGUUGGUGAUUUAUCGGAGCUACGCAUCUCUCCCAAGAUGGAAGGAAAUUGCGUCACGGAACAACCUGCACUGGACGGAAACGCUCUCGGCUAACGUGGCCUCUCGCCCAUGCCCGGAACCUGCCCUCGCUUGGGGCUGGCGCUUCCCUGAAACAUGGGAGCAGAACGCGCCAUGCCGGGAGCUGGACCUGGGCUCUGUUGGUGCCCGGUGGGCCUCGGGGAGGCCGGGCCCUGCGCACGCGCUGGAACUCUGCCUGACGAAGGGCACCUCUGCCCUGUCCAGCCUUCCUUCCGCUGGAGGGCCACCCGCCGUCUGAGCCAGCUCGGCAAGUGUCUCGGGAAUUGCCCGCCAAUAUCCGCUUUCCUGUCGAACCUGUGGCCACCGCGUGCCGUCAGCCCUCCGGACCCGCCAACCUCCACCUCGACCUGCCGUCGUGGCAACAAGUUCCUGCUGCUGUUCGGUGGGCGUUUCCUUCCUGAAAGACCAAGAGAGGCGUCUCCCCUGAGCGUUGGGGUGCACCCCCCUCUGUUUGGCUCUCAAGCUCCUCCCCUCCAACUGCUGACUGAAAACAGAAACGCCCUGACUACGGGGACGGUUCUUGGGCAUCUCUGUUUUUAAGUAUUUUUAAAGAGUUUUAUUGACAUAGAAGUCACAUAUCAUGAAAUCCACCUAGAGUUUAGUGGUUUUUGAUUCCCACAAAGCAGUGUCUCCUUCAUCAACUUUAGAACUUCCUCGUGAGGAAGUUGCAGAGUGCACUCUCGGACCCGGUACAGUGCCUACUAGCUGUCAUUUCGAAUUUUGUCCCCCUCCCCACCCUCCACCAAAGUGAUAAGUACUUUCUGUCUCACAGAUCUCUCUGUUCCAGACCUCCUGUAGAAAUGGAAUCAAUGGAGAAUUUGGUGUUUUGUGGCUGGCUUCUUCCCUUGCAUGUUUCCAAGAGUCAGGCUGUAUGGCAUGAACCGAACUUGCGGUUCCACGGCGGGAUUAGGCCUUGUUUGCCCAGGCAGCACUGAUGGACGUUUAGGUCAGCGGUUGUCUCCCUCUUCUCAGCUCUGAGGAACAAACUGCUUUGAACAGUUGUGCACAAGUCUGAGUGAGAACACAAGUACUUUCCCCCCAUACAUUACAGAAGUGAGACACGUUCCUCCCA